AUGACAAACUUUGACAGCCUAGUUCUGGAAACACCUCCGCCGCUAGAUCCUGCGUGGCUGAAACAUGAGGAAGCAGCAGGACUACGCAAACCGAAAGCGGUCCUGACGGCCAUUGAGCGCCAGCCUAUUUACGCAUCCGAUUGCCGUGCCCGGAAUGCCGCCAUGAUGGCAUCGGGUGCACGAGAUCAUGAUCUUUCGAGGGGGAUCCGUGUUCAAGCUCUCACUGUCCCAUCUCGGCUACACAACGAUGAUCACCAAAUACCACUGUUGAAAUAUACACUUGAAGAACACCACGAGCAUGGUCAAGUCACAGAGGCAGGCAAUACAGACGAACGACAGCAACGGAUUGUCCUGUUCUACAUUCAUGGGGGCGGGUUGCUUGUUGGAGAAGCCGAUAGUGAGGACCUAUCCUGCCGGCGGCUUGUGAAACAUUUCUCGGGGUCCACAAGCAGUCCAAAUGAUACCCUUCACAAAGUCGACCCAAGUAUCGUGCUCUACUCGGCCGGCUACCGCUUAAUGCCGCAAGUCCCCGCACAAACCUGUGUCUCCGAUGUCAUCGCCGCUUUCGAGGCCGUACGCCAAUCCCAUUCAACCGGGAAAUUCGUCAUUGUUGGGUCCUCAUCAGGUGGGGAGCUCGCAGCACUCCUUUCGCAUUCUCUGCCGCCAGGGUCAGUGCAGGGUAUCCUUCUCCGGUGUCCAGUGACCGUGGAUGCGCCCUUGAACAUCCCGCCACAGUUCAAAAAGUCGCACAUGAGCGCCAGCCAACCGUUUGAAACAUCCCUCUUGGGUCGAUUCAACCGACAAGUACCUCGCGAUGGGUUGGACCGAAUGCCCCUCGAGAUGCCUGUCGAGCAAAUCCGGGCGUUAAAAUUACCACGGACUUGGAUCCAGGUAUGCACUAAUGAUGUGUUGUAUUCUGAUGGCGUAUGCUAUGCGGAGCUUUUAGAGGGGAGUGGCGUCGAGGUAAAAGUCGAUGUAAUUGCAGGCUGGCCACACACGUUCUGGUUGAAAGCACCUCAUCUCAGCCGAGCCUUAGAAGUCGAAAACGCGAUGCUGGAGGGUUUGGACUGGGUUCUCGCCCAAUGA